AUAUUUUGUUAUGUGCAAAUGGAUUUAGAUACCUAUUAGGUCAAUAAAUUACCAUAUAGCAUAUGUUCAACACAAAAAACCGACAAUUUGUUGUUGUUCUUGUUGUUGUUGUUGACAAAGGACAGCUGGAUAUAUAAAGGGCCCCAUUGCCUUCAGUAGCUUAGGGCCUCAUCAAACCUAAAUCAGUCCCAGAGUGGGACCCAUUUUAUGGAAGAAGGUGCAAAAUAAAUGACUCGGAAGCGCUGCUUCCCCACACCUAAAACCAGUUUUCCAACAUGAGGGCAAACCUUGUUAUUUUAAGGAGCAGCAAGCAAAAGUAUUGAACACCCCUGCGCCGUCUCUUUCUGCUAUCGGCCUAAUGAAGCAUGCUGAGAAUAGUUCCACAGUAUAAAUAAGAUCACUCGUGUUUUUUAAGGUGUAAAUACAUUUGCAGCCUCAAAGAGAAGACCCAUGGGUGUAGCCAAAGGGGGUGGGCCGGGUGGCAGCUGGCCCCCCCAUCAAUAAAAAUCAAUAAAAAUACUUAACUGAGAUCCCCCCCCAACAAAAGCCUGCCCUCCCCCAACAAAAAUCCUGGCUACGUCCUUGUCUGCAGACCUUAUGUUUUUAUAGGAAUUAAUUGCACCACCUGUGAAACAGCUUCAUUUUUAUCAGAGCAGCUGAUGAAGGUGGAAGCCAAAACGUUUUACUGUAAAUAAAAUUAAGAUUUCUGUUUAGUCCUUGUAAUAAAUAUGUGCUACAAGAUCCAGAGCAAACUUGUCUGAAGUGCUCUUUGUUGCUUUUACUCUCCCCCUCCCCAUAUUUGGUAGCCAUACCGUGGUAUCCAACUAAGUUCUGCUCAGAGUUAACCCAUUUAAAGUAAUGCCUAAGCCAUGUCAAUUACUUCUAAUAGAUCUACUCUUGAGUAUAACAGACAUUGAAGACAGCCCAUAUUGUUGCAUCCAUCUAAGUAAAAGUCCAUUGCUUUCAAUGGGUCUGCAACUUAAGUUGGAGGCCAUGCAUAUUCUGUUAAUAUUAUUACUGUUAAGAAUUCCUUUUUUAUAUACCGAAAUUGAUUUGCAGUGGCAUUGCUAGGAGCAGGGUUUUUUUUAAUUAAGAGCCUCAUAAAAUAUCCAUUUCUCUUUUAAAAAGGUAACAGACAUAGUGAACAAAUUCUUACUGAACAAGAUACUUUAUUUAGAGACCACACCUUUUAAAAAAAUCAUGUCUAUUUACAAUCAAAUAUAAGAUGCAAUUUAACCUUCCUAUUAAUAACAGUAGGAUGCAGCAUCUGAAACGCUCCCCCCCCCCCCAAAACAAUGACACUGUUGUGCCAGUGAAAGGUCUGAAAGCAAAUGUUUCAAAUUGAGGGCAUUUCUUUCUUGAGUGUUGACGCCUCUGACCCAGCUCGGGCUGCCCGCCUUCCCGCAUUUGGGAAUGACUGGAAGUGGAUUGGCUGCCAGUGAGCUCAUGUAUUUAUGGAUCACUUUCCCGCUAGUAGCAGCAACAGCAAUGUACCACGUAGGCUCCUUCCGCUCGGUGAGAUGCUGCUGUUCCCAACGCCACACUUUGUUUUUCUCUCUCCCUCUGCUGACCUGACCGUAUUAUGUUGGCUCUGCAGAAAUGUCGAGCCGCUCUUCCCUUUGCGGGUGCUAAUACCCUUUGUUGGUAGGGUUUACUGACGUCACGAGGCAAAUGGCUGAGCUCGAAGCUGGGAGCUGCUGAGUUUACGUGCCGGUUUCACCUUCGGCGGCAGCGAGCUGUUGUCACAGAGAGCUAACGCUCAUUUUCCACUUGCAGAGAAGGGAUUGCUGAAUAGGAGGAGGACGGUGGCGGAAGCACCCCACAGCCGUCGACGGGGUGAAUGAAACAACCUCAGGAAAUGGAGAAAGAAUAAACCCAAGCAGCUUUGGAUUUAUAAUGCAAGCAGCUUGUGCAGGAUCCAUAGUCACCUUGCUCUCCUGCUUUUGGAUUUAAGAUCAUGUACGUGGGUUGUGUUAUUUGUUCCUUGAGUGUUUCCUGUCUCUGGCAAAAACAAAAACAACAAAACCCGUGUGCCUUGAGAAAAUAAUCAUGAUUCUUGUCGUCACUUGAAAAACAUCAUUUGCUUUUCCGCCUCUUCUCCCUUUCCCACAUUCUUUUCAUUUUGUCAUAAUAGAUGUUUGAUACCAGCAGAUUAAAAACAUUGUUUAUUUGUAGGUCCGUUCACGUUGUAGCUUUUGGAAAUGAAAGAGGCGGCUUUUCCGAGGAUGAUCAGCAGAGGAGUCUGAUUUGGACCUAUCUUGGGAGAAGUGCUCUGGUUUCAGAGACUGACAGCAGCUUGUUGUUAAACUCUGCCAACUAUGUUAGAAAUCCUGCAUUCACCGAAUAUCAAGCCUGUGUGUUUGGAAAUGUCAGAUUGGUGGUACAUGACUGUCCUCUCUGGGUAAGAGACUGUAAUAUGAAAUUAACAGAGCCAUCUUAAAUGUAUUUACACAGGGAUCUAAUUGAGUUCCAAGGGGUUUACUUCCUUGUAAUUAUGCUAAUAUUGUAGCUUUUCAGUGCAAUCCUAAUCAUGUCUUCUGAAGUAAGUCCUAUUGAAUUUAGUGGGGCUUACUCCCAGGUAAGUGGAAUUAGGAUUGCUGCCUUAGUUUAGUCAACUUCUAAACCAGUAUAAGGUUAUUAGAACAUAGCUUCAUAGAAAAAGAGAACUGAAAAUACUAUAUUCUGUAAAUUACUGCCAUUUGAAUAAGUUCAUUCCUUGAAGAAACGUGAAAAGAUCAAAAGAAAGAGGACCAUCACCUGCUGUUCUGAUAUGGAAGUCAUGUGUUCCAGAGAAUAAACACAUCUUGGAGGGUUGAAAAACUGUUUUAAUGCAGACAUUUAGCUGGAACUAAUAGAACAGUAAAGCAACUAAUUUUCUAUGAGGCUUUCAGCUUUGAACUUAAUUGACAGUUGCAUGAUUACAAAGUUUUGAAAAGAGUGCAUGUUCUGUUAUUUAUUUUUGUAAUAAGUUGUCCAUAUACCAAUUUGGCUCUUAAUAGUGUUUCUGGAGUUAGUGAUAGGGUCACUUAUCAGGAAUCACAUUUAUAACUUUUUGGUAAGACCUUGGGUAAAUUAUAUUGGGUCAACUUAUGGUUCUGUUAGUAAAUUUCAUUUAUUUUCACUUAAAGAGAUUUCCUCCCUACCCUCAAUCCUUGUAUGCAACAUCUUCAUUUACAGAUAUUCUAUAAAAAAUCAUGGCUUCCCAACCACAACUGGGCUGCAUCGAAAGCACCACCACCUCCAUUUUUGGAGUGUUUGUGUAUGCUUUUAAUAGGAACAAUGUGAUGUGAGUAAAAUGAAAGAGAGGGGAAGAAAGACAGACACAUGCAGUUUAAAAUUUAAACAUGGGGGCCAGGUCUGAAAUGGGUGAAGACUAUGGUUCUUUAGAAAUUCCUAAAUGUUUUGAGAUGGCGUACAUCAAGGAAAAUCUUGCGAGUGACUGAACGGUUGGUUAUUUUGGAGUUUACUGGUAUCUAAAGAUGUAACAUACAGUAGAUUGUUAACAAGAAUCUAUUCCCUGAAAUUAUCUGAUUCAUGUGGACCACAUUCUUUGGGCCUUUUCCAAAAAGCAGCUUAUAAUUUUGAUACCCACCCUCUCUAGUGCCAUUAUAUUUGCAACCCCUUGGAAUGGAAGAGGGGUAAUCUUGUUGCUGAGCCAUAGCCAUUUUCAACAUAUUGGGAUAUGUGUUGUAUAGCAGAAGUGCACAGUAUCUGAAGAGAGUAUAUGGAAACCAGGAAAAAAAUAAUAAUUUAAAUGACAGGGCAUUUAAAGUACAAAGUGGCACGGGUAGAGUGAGGAGUUACUAUUGUGUUACUCUUCAUUACAUUGUUGUAAGCAUUAUUAAGUAGUGAAACCAUGAUCAUAUAACUUCAGUGCAAUAGUUGCUGUUGUAGGGGAGAAAUUGAAUUUUCAUAGUAACUCAGUAAUGAAGCUUUAUUUUAGGGAACAUUCAAAUCCGUGAACUGGUUUAGUAGACGAAAAAGGUCCCCUGUAUCCCUGGCAUAUGCAUACCAUGUGCCCAAAACAAUAUUGUCUAGGAAGAACUUUUGUUGUGUUAAAAAUCCUAUCGCUUAAGAUAAUUUUACAGAUUCAAAAAGUGAAUAAUUACAAAUAGUGUUAAGAUAUCUCUUGCCUCAUGACAAAUCCUGAGGACAAUGUUUAAAAAUUCAUUCUGAACUAUUAAAUCUAGAAUGAAUAACAUGGUCUGGACCUAUACCCACAGUUAAAAACAUGAAAUAGAUUGAACAGCUUCACACAAAGCUUUCAUAGUUUGUAGUUUUUCUGAUCAUAUGUGCGGAACAGUGAUUUAAGAUCAUUACCCUUUCUCAAUCUGAGAGUUAUCCGCGACUGGACCUAAUGGUCAGGGAUCCCUUUACCAUUACCUUUACCCUUGCAGGAUGCGGGUGGUGCUGUGGGUUAAACCACAGAGCCUAGGGCUUGCCGAUCAGAAGGUCGGCGGUUCAAAUCUCCGCAACUGGGUGAGCUCCCGUUGCUCGGUCCCUGCUCCUGCCAACCUAGGAGUUCAAAAGCAUGAAGUGCAAGUAGAUAAAUAGGUACAGCUCUGGCGGGAAGAUAAACAGUGUUUCAAUGCGAUGCUCUGGUUCGCCAGAAGCGGCUUAGUCAUGCUGGCCACCUGGCCCGGAAGCUGUACACCGGCUUCCUCGGCCAAUAAAGUGAGAUGAGCGCCACAACCCCAGAGUCGUCCGUGACUGGAUCUAAUGGUCAGGGGUCCCUUUACCUUUACCUUUACCCAUUCUCAAUCUGUGCUGUGCAAUGAUUAGUAUAUGCACACAUAUGUUUGUGUAUGGAAACAUGCAGAGACAACUGACAGUCAACAUUAUUGAUUCAUCUGACCUUGCAUUUACUGUCUGGAACAUAAUGCAAUCAAGUUGGGUUACUUCUGCUAUUUAUUAUUAGUGUUGAAAACUAGUAUUUUAUGCACAUCUCAAAUUGGUUGACUAAACAGUACAUUCCUAUAUGUGUCUACUUAGAAAUAAACUAACUCUUAGAUGUGUAGGUAUACAAUUGCAGUGUCAGCUUUCUUCAGGCAUAAUGUUUUUUGCAGCAAUUUAUCUGAGCUUUUCAGAUAUUUACAAGUCAGGCAGCAACUCCCGAAAUUGCCAUGUUGAUCAGUCUAGCUCUAGUACAAUGUGGUAGAAAUAUUAGCACAUAUAGGAUACAGUAAUUACUGUUGUGCAAGAGUAGCAACAAUAGCUCCAGAUCCUAUGGGUAAGAGGUACUUUUUAGAUAUAAAAUACUCCCAUUGUGGUUAACUUGUUUUGCAAGUAAAACAAACAAGUGAGACCUGUAACAGACCAUUGCAGCAUUAAUUGUGCCUGUUUAGUGUUCAUUCAGUUACUCAUGGCCUUUCCCAGGGAACACUUUCUCUCCCUCUUCCACCCAGUCAAUAUUCUGUUGCACUGAGCAUGCUCGGUCCUCACUGGGCUAUUUUUGGGGUUCCCUCCCUUGGGGUUUCCCCCUAAAGUUGUGGUUGUUUUGUUUUGUUUCGUUUUUGCACUUUUGCAAAUCUUGCCAUUUCCCUCUUUCUUGAGUAUGGAUGGUGCUACUUUGGCUGCACAAGGAUCUACAUCCAUCUCUGAACUUCUGAAAUGGAGGGAAUUGACGUCUAGAAGGACCUAACUAUCAUGGUCUAAGAAUUAUGUCAAGGUUGCUAAUGUCCCUGCAGAAGUCUGGGAUUUCAGCAUAGUUGCUCUCUAAUUGGGCAAAUAUUUGAUCAACAUUUAGAAUGGUGGGGUGAAGAAUGUACAGAGAUAUGCCUGUGAAUUAACACUUCUCAGUACAUUCAUUCACUAAACAAGUUUUAAUGCAUUAAUUUUGGUUUUAUUAAUCUUCCAGAUCUUGUUUUCUGCGUCUUCGAUUUUCACAUUUCUCUAUUCCUUCUCCUUUGAAUGUACUUUUCUGUUCUGUUCCCGUCUUGUGUUUACUUCCCACAAAUCUAAACAUUCUGAAUUUAUCUCUUUCUCUAUUUUGUCUAGUGUUAUUUAGAAUGUUGGGAAGUCUAAUGCUAAUCUCAAAUUGUUGUGCUAUUUCUGCACUUCUGCAGACUGGAAUUUUACAAACUGAAAAAUAAGGAGAGCAGGAGAUUACUCUGAAAGCCUUUCAUCAGCUAGUAAUAAGUAUACAUUGCAUAAGAAGCAAGGACAUCAGACUGGCCUUUCCAUUCUCUAAUAGUGAACUUUCCAGAAUACUACUGGAGAAACAAAUGUAGACUAUCCGGUGGCCUCUGCUUGUAAGAAUAAACAAAAGAUUGUCAUUCUCCAUACUUGGACAUUCAGAAUUUUAUUAUAAUAAUUGAAAUAAGAGAAUGGGGGGAAGUGCCAGUCAAAGGAAGUAUUGGAAUGCAGAUUAUUGUAUGCUGGGAAUGUGUAGGCUGGAACAAGCUCAAAUAAUAGUAAAGUAUCUCACAGAGGAAAAAUAAGCCAGGUUCUCUUCUAUAACACUAUAGUUGGUUAGUUCUUUAUUAAAAGAAAGUUUGGGUAUACAUUUAAAAAUUAGUAAGUACUUCAUUUGGAUUUCAAUGAUUUUUCCCAUUUUUAUGGCUACAAAUGUUACUGAUAUUCAGAAAAGAAUACACAUUUAUUUAAAUUAUGAUUAGUAUUCAUACGGUACAACCAUGCCAGGGAUAUUAUGCCUAGAUUAAGCUGUCAGUAGUGCAGGUGACUUUGAAUUACGCCUUCCCAUUAAUUUCUUUAAAAGGCAGCAUUUUAAAAAACGAACCUCAUGUGUUUUUAAGUUAUAUUCGUACCUGUGAACAGAUUGUUGUAGCUACAAUCUACCAGAAAUUAAAAACAAUUUUGCUGCAUAAAGAUUCCUUAUAAAUAAUACACCAAUAAACACAACAACCAGAGGUUCUAAAACCAUACUGAAUGUUGGUCUUUGAAUUGGGAGGUCUAGAUCCAAAUUGCUGUGCACCUAUUAACUCACCAAUUAGUGUCAUGCACUCAGUUCCCUAUCUCUAAAGUGGAAAUAUUGAAGACAGGGUUGCUGCAAAAAUGAAUGAGAUGAAGUUUAAAGGUAAUUUUUCAUAGUAAUGCAUUUGUUAAUUUUAGCCAUCUCUAUGCAAAUGGCUUUAAAGUAAAAACAAACAAAACUGUGACUACAAAUUCUGUUCUUGACUUUAGCAACCAUUCAGUUCAUCAUAAAAAAUCACUCUUUUAUAUUACUUUUGUGUGGAGGACUAUUUUGCCAGUUGCUCUUGAUCCAUAUAAAAUGGAAUUUAGCUCCAUCUUUUUGUUUUGUAUAGGAUAUUUUUGACAGUGACUGGUACACAUCUCGGAACCUUAUUGGAGAAGCAGAUAUCAUUGUGAUUAAAUACUCUGUAAAUGACAAGUCUUCAUUUCAAGAAGUAAAGGACAUUUAUGCACCACUGAUAAAAAAAGCGUUAAACCACUGUUCAAUUCCUGUCAUAAUUUCUGCUGUUGGUGCAAGACAAAACGGUAUGUGCUGGAACUCAUCUUAUAAACAGCUGAGGUAUCGAUAUGAGACUAAGUGUUGGAUUAAUCAUGGUGGGGGAAAACUAUGCUGUUAGUUCAAUCAUGAUACGCUUAAUGUUUGGUCACAAAACAUUUGUACUGUUGGUUAGAUUUGUUAUAGUCAAGAGACUUGUUCCAGAAUUGCACUUCUACGUGGUUGGUAAAGCACUUAGGUUUGUGUACUCUUGUGCUGUUACUGGGGCUAAGCCAGGAAAUGCAAGUUUGUCAAAUUUAGUUGGUUUCAGAAUUGCCGCUUUUGAUAUGUUUCAGCAGACUCCUGUGCACAUUGACUUGAAAGUAAGUCCCAGAGUGUUCAGUGGGGCUUAUACCUUAGUAAGUGUGGGUAAGAUUGCAACAUUAAAAUGCUUAUUGACAUUGCAUAUCAGUCAUUUGCUUGGAAAAUUCUUUACAGUACUUGCCAAACAUUUGCCUACUCUUUCACAGUAUCAGUUCUGUGUGUAACAGGUAACUUCCUAACAUCAUUUCCUUUCCGUAGUAUAGACUUUACAUACUGUAGGUCAAUCCCAGUAGCUAAGGGAUUCUAUUAAAAGGGCAUACCUCUGUCACCUUUGCAUUCAGAAGUUGAAGUCAUGCAGGCUGUAUUGUCUGUGCUAAAGCCACAUUGGUACCCGUCAGGUGUGUGGUCUGCUGGGAUCCCACAGAUUGUGUAGGAACAUAACUUAUUUGAGUGGAUCCUGCACAGUUGCAAUUAUAUUAAAAUGAUCCAACCAUAUGGGCAGGUCUGAUCAAAAGUGCCCGCCCCAUGAAAUUGGCAUCCUCUCCUCAUACUUCUCUGGUUAGAACCGAAAAGAUUAUUCGCUUCCCAUGUGGGAGCCACUCAUGAAAAAGUUAUUUAAAGGGUGCCUGAUGUGUUUGACUUGAACUUGGACUGAGGCUUUAAUCCCUUUUGAGCUAUGAAGCUCUGGGUAAAUCCCUGCCUAUAAAUUAUCCCACUGCACAAGUUUGUUAGGUGAAAUUUAUGCUCUGGCUGAUGAAUGCCAUCUUCUGAAAAAUUGGUAAAGAUGGUAAAAAAUGAUUUUGCACAUUUGAUUUCUACUACUCUCUCUCGUGUAUGUGAAGAUCUGUUCUGAAUCUCAUCGUCCUUAGCUUUUGCAUGAGCAGAGUCCAUUGUCAUAACUUUAGCUGUGCCAUUGUUUCUCAAGCUUCUAAUAGCUGAGAUACAGAUUUGAGCCCUUACUCAUGAAAAGGUUUACUCAGCAUGGCCCAGAGUAGUGUUACUUUAUGUCUCCAUUUUGGUAUGCCUCAUGGGUAAUUUUGCUGUGUAUCUGUAUCAUGAGCAAUUGAAUGAUCCAGACACAUCUGUGGCAAAAUUACCCUGCUCUCAGUGGAAACUGAAGGAGGCUUGUCUAGAGCAUUUAUUCAGGCAGAGGCAUAGUGGGUAGCAUCUUUGAGUGGUUAUUUCAGGUUGACAGGAAAAUUGAAAUUUUAACGUAAUGUAUUUAUUGUGGCAUAGUGACAGGCAUAUUAGCGUUCCUGCCCCCUAGAAUGUUGUUUGGGCAUUUAUGAGCUAUGCACCUUUAGUUUUAAUGAUGUUUAAUGAAUUCUGAUGAAGGCAUUAUUUGUGUGAAAUCUGAUACAGUGUCAAAAGUGGGGGGAAAAGUUUUUGUUUCUUCCUUACUUCUGGUACUUUCCAAGCUAAUGUGAUUAUUAUUGGAAAGUAGUAGCAUCAGAGUAGUCUGUAAUUUCUUAUUGGGAAGCAUUUGUUAAAAAGUUUAUUCAUUACUUAAUACAUUGUCAUGUUUUUGUCCAUUAUAUUGUUGUAAGUUGCAGCUACUUUUAAGUGGUUUUUUAAAUAUAGUUGCUGUAAUGCAGUCCACUGAAUUCUUAAGCUUUGUUGCAUUAUGGGUCCCAAUACCUUGCAGACCAUUUCCAUAUGGUAGACUAUUUGAAAUGCUUUUUAAUUAAAACUAUGAUGCCACUGUACUGAAUAGCAACAUGAAGGAAAAGGGGAAACUUUUCCAGAUUAAAUUUGUGUAAAAAAGGAGAACAUGUACAAGAAUGAAACUGCUUUGUAUGGUCACACUGUUAAUAAACAGUAUAUUCUACUUUAUCUGAAAACAUGCCAUCAAAUUCAACAAUAGUUUCUACCAUAGUAAGAUUGUAAUAAUAUGAACCAGUUUGAUAUUCAUCAUACUUAUUAUUUAAAAGGCUGCAAUUUAUCCUCAUUGAUGUAAUACCUGAUUCCCAAUUGAAAUUUCUUUACUGGAAUACUUGUGGGCAGUUAACACUAAAAGUAUAAAAAAGGUUGUGUUGCAUGUUAGCCAAACUCUAUGAAGUAAACCUUGAAAAUUAUCCAUAGGUAAUGAUGCUUGGUGAAAAUGUAUCGAUGUCUCAAAUUUCUCUCUCUCUGCAUUUAUAUAUACAGAUCUAUGUUCUAUCAAACUGAAUUAUACUCAGAAUAGACCCAUUAAAAUUAUUGGACCCAAGUUAGUCAUGUCCAUUAAUUCCAGUGGGUCUGCUUUGACUAUGCCUACCAUUGGAUCCAACCUUAUAUUUGUCAUUUUUGUCAUGCUUUUGCAAGGCAAUAACUUAUUUGGAGUAGUUGAUAAUCAGAAUAUAAAUGACCCAAGAGAGAUUAUUUCAGUGUGACUGCACCACUGCUUUUACAGUAAGAACUGUCAGUAGAUUUCUUUUUCAUGAAAUAUUAUCUGAUGUGGUUCAUAGGCAAUUUGAUAUAUCCUAGGGCAUACUAGAGAUUAAAUUUAGGGGGCAAGAAGAUCUUGUCUUUUUGAAUAUCAGUCCCAUGUACACUGAUAAUACAAUAUAAUAAUGCACUUAUAUAUUUUUAUUUAUAACAGCACAAGUUUGUUUUCUAUGGGAAUCUUUUUCCUUUAGUUAACAAUGAAAAUAACAGAUAAUGCUGUCUGCAGAGCCUUGUUUACUCUGUCUGUGGUUCUACUGACACUGCCUAGUAAGGAAUGCAGAAUUCUUGUGUAAUAUCAUGCUGACUGCAAUUUAGAGGAAAUUGUGGUCUGGCAAAUGUCCUUGCAAAGUGUUACAAGCUUUCCUCAUUAUUUGCCUUAUGAUUUAUAAUGGCCUACCAUUGAAACUUGUCUUAAAUUUUUGAAACUUUUGAGAAAUUGAAAAGUGAAGUGACAAUAAUAAGACGCUUAAUUUAAUUUGGGGGGGAAAAUACUGUGUCAUGCAAUUAAUCAUUUUGGCAAGCCAUAUUUGCAUUUCAGGAGGGAUCUUUGUAGAAAGCCUUGAUGCAACCUUAGCUGUUAUACAUCAGACAAACAGCGAAUAACAAGAUAAGGGGUGGUAUUCAGUGCUAGUCCUACUCAGAGUAGACCUGUUUAAGUAAAUGUACCUUACUAGGUUCAUUAAUUUCAGUGGAUCUACACUGAGUAGGAUUUAGUUGAAUACAACCCAUGUUCAAAAAUAGCUUGCAAUAAGAAAAGUAAGAUAUAAUAUAAUUAACAUGAAAAUUCUUGUUUAAUUCUUGUUGGAGUAGCUCUGCAUUUGACUUGCAUUAUUUAUGCUGUUAAUAGAUUUAAAAAUCUUACCUUUUGUUGAAUGUGCUAUUAAUUCCUUAGUAUGAUUUUGAAGCUACUGAAGAAGAGCCAAUGUAAUUAAAAUAUUUUGCAUAAAUAAUUUGUUUUCUCAGAAGUUCCCUGCACUUGUCCUUUGUGCAUCUCAGACAGAGGGAGUUGUGUUACAGCUUCUGAAGGGAUUCAGCUUGCUAAAGAACUUGGAGCUACUUAUUUGGAACUGCACAGUCUCAAUGAUUUCUACAUAGGAAAAUAUUUUGGAGGAGUGGUAAGUAGAAAAGAAUCUCAGAAUGAUCAAAUGGUAAGAUUUCAAAUAUCUUUUGAAAUUUGGGCUAUGAUUUUUUUGGAUGGAUAUGGACAUUGGUUACUGCUCUGACAUUGGCACACAGCCCCUGCUCUGACCUGAAGUCCACUGGAUGACAUAGGUCAAUAUAUAUAUAUAUAUCUGUUUUGUACACUAUCCCCACAGAGAGCCAGCAUGGUGUAGUGGUUAAAGUGUUGUAUUAGGACCAGGGAGAACAGAGUUCAAAUCGCCACCCAGCUGUGAAGCUGGGUCAGUCACUCCCUCUUAGCCUAAUAUGCUUCACAAGGUUAUUAAGAGGAUAAAAUGGGAAAGGGGAGAAUCUUGUAUGACACCUUGAGCUCCUUGAAGGAAAGACGGGAUAUAAAUGUGGCAACGCAUUAUGACAGUUUAAACUUUAGCUUAAAGCUAUCAGACAGAGUUGUUGCAAGGGUAAAUUGUAUAAGUGAAAUAAACGGUGUAAUUGGAACAUUUUGCUCAAGGUACCACAGGAAAUCAUAUUAGGAAAUGGGGGUAUUUUCACUGACAACAGUCUUGCACUGCCUCUUCUCUCUCUCUUUUUUUUAAAUGAUAUUUAUUGAGAAUUUAAAAUUACAGAAAGAGAAAGGAAAAAACAAGAAAAAAGAAAAGGAAAAAAGGUAGACAAAAAGAAAGAUUAAACAAUAUAAGUCAAUAAAAACAAAAGUCAAAAAAAACCAAACCAAACAAAACACACAAUACAUCAGAAUCAAAAAACAAAAAUAAACAAAAAAUUUAAAAGCAAAUCCAAUAUUCCCAAAUCUUUAUCUUUCAUUAACUUGUUUCAUCGACCUCCUCACACCUCCCUUUUUUGUAUUCUAGUUAUUAAUUAUCUCAGCAAAUCCUUUUCAUCUUUCACAAUAUUCUGUCAUUAAAUUACCUUAAUCUAUUUUAACCUUAUCUUACCAUAAAAAACCCUAAAGCUUAAAACUUAAAUCUUAUUUAUACCUAAUUCUUUUUAACAAAACAUAUUUAUACAUAAUUCUUUUUAACAUUUCUACUAAAGCCAAAUAGUUUCAUUCCAACAUUUUUCUAAUGCUCAUUAAUUUUACAAUGAUUUUCUAGAUGAAUUUUUAAAACUUUCUUCCAAUCUUCAUCUGUCGUCUCUUCUUCCUGGUCUCGGAUUUUGUCAGUCCUUUCUGUCCCGUCCAUCUAGUCCAUCAACCUGGUGACCUUCUAUCCGAGGCUCUUAAGUCUUUUCCAUGUCCCUUCUGCAGGUCUUCGUCAUGUUUAUACCUGCACUUUACUUUAUCUUCUGCUGAUCUUAUUCUUAAUUUCCUUCCUUUCUCUCGGGGAGACUCCAACUUGACAAUAUUUUUAUCCCUUCUCAAUAAGUCAACCCAUUCUCCAUAGUCAACACUGAAAUCCAAAAGAUAUUUGAAGGCAUGUUUCAAAGUUCCUCCAAGGUUAAGGGCCCCCACAACUCCAAACUCCCCCUGGCCCAAAGCCAGAUCCGAAAAGUCAAAACAUCCCUGCAUAGGGGGAUCUUUCCAACUUCCCAUCUCCAGACCAAACAGUACUCCAUCUCUCCAAAUCUGACUUUCUCCAGAUUCAGUCGUCAAAAACAGCAACUUAUGUUCCUGCAUGGCCGCAGCUCUCUCCAUUUCUGGUACUUGAGGUUCAGCAACUACUUCCUCCUUUAUCUUCUUCACCACUUGCUCUGUCAAAGCACAUUCCUGGGUUAAUUCCUGAGUGGUUUCUAUAUAAGUAUUCACUGUUUGUCCAAAAUUUCCAACUGCAACAGUCAUCAAAUCCAUCUUCUCAUGUAGCUGUUCCAGUAAAGCACUUGUCUUGCAAAAAGCAAGCACUAAAGCUUCUUCUGGGCACAUUCUUGUUUAAGGUCGGUGUCUAAUUCCCACAAUCUUUUAUCUCUACAGCUGUAGAAUUCCCCAGAUCAACUCCAGCAACAGUUUCACAAGCUCCCUCUAGAGGAAACAAUUUCUAUUUGUAUCCGUCUUUUUAAAAGCAGACCUAGCAACAAAGUUCCUUUCGUUUUCCAGAUAUUUUGUUCCUUUUAAGUGCAAAAGGGAACAUUGGAAUCAAUAUGUUUCUCUUUUUUAACUAUCUGUCAAAAACGUUUUAUCCACAGUCAAUGAACUUCCCCAAAGUGUCUGUCUCUGACACCCCGCUCCCAGGAUCAAGACGGUGGAAAUUUAUCUUUCUUUACUCUCUCUUCUGCAGGUUUAAACAGUCUAAAAAGAUUCCCCCCUCUUCUCCUGCUUCCAAGGGGGGUAUAGUGAUUUUAACUGAUGGAAAUUUAGUCCUUUACAAACGACUUUCCAGACUCUAGCUUGUAAUGUCUUUGCUUCAAUCUAUUUACAAAAGCGGAAGGCGGACUUCCUGUUUAGACCUUCCCGCUUCGGUGCCAAAUUAAAAAGUUUUUUAAUCCAAUUUUCCGUUCUACUCACGGGCAGUUGUUUAAAAUCCAAUUGUCCACAGGAAAAAGUCAGCGCUCUCCGGCAACAGCAAUGCGGCUUCACUCCGUGAAAAGAGCAGUCGAUUCGAAGCACCAUGCCAUUCACCCCACGUCGCUCCGGAUCCCCGAAACUGGGUUUCCCCGCGAGUAGGGGAGGCGCAAAAGGUGCCAGCCGAAUCCCACGUCCACAGGCUUCUCCCGCCUGUGGUUUUUAGUGGGUCUCCACCUCGCCGCGGCGGUCCAGACCCUGGUUCUCACGAAGCGGAUUCCUCCUGGUCAGAGGAAAUCCGCCUUUGCCGGAGGCGCUAACCCGGAAGUCCCGCACUGGCUCUUCUCCAAGCCAUUUUUAAGGCCACCUCCUUCAUUGUUCAAAGUUCACUAUUUUGGAAGGAGAAAGUCUACAUGUACAGUGGUACCUCGGGUUACAGAUGCUUCAGGUUACAGAUGCUUCAGGUUACAGAUGCUUCAGGUUACAGACUCCGCUAACCCAGAAAUAGUACCUCGGGUUAAGAACUUUGCUUCAGGAUGAGAACAGAAAUCGUGCUCCGGCGGUGUGGUGGCAGCUGGAGGCCCCAUUAGCUAAAGUGGUGCUUCAGGUUAAGAACAGUUUCAGGUUAAGAACGGACCUCCAGAAUGAAUUAAGUUCUUAACCCGAGGUACCACUGUAAUGAAUAGUACUUGGAGGAGUGGAACUUAAUUAAAUUGAAAUGCAGCAAAAGUGUUUCAGCACUAUCGUGAAUGUGCUUUCUGAAACACCUUUGAGUUCAGUGGGACUUGCUCCUAGUAUGCGAGUACAGUGGUACCUCGGGUUACAUACGCUUCAGGUUACAUACUCUUCAGGUUACAGACUCCGCUAACCCAGAAACAGUUUCAGGUUAAGAACGGACCUCCAGAAUGAAUUAGGUACUUAACCCGAGGUAGCACUGUAUAGUAUUACGCCCUUAAUCUGGACGCAUUUCGUACAGUUGCAAUAUGUAAUAAGUGCUGUUGUUGCAUACUCCUAGCUGGGGCAACGCUGCCGCUGAUUAGUAUGGAUAGGGCAGCGGAAGCAAUGGGUUGGUGGUGGCAUUCAGGGGUGCACGUAAGGGUUGGGUUGGCCCCUGCUAAGGACGCAGGCCCAUGAGGGCACAAAAAUUGUGCCACUUUGAGUGGCUCGGAGCCCAUAGCCGUCUUUCCUAUUGGGUUUACUGGCGCAUUGCGCCAGGGCGCUGGCCUCUCGGGGCGCCCAAUGAGUGGGGGAGCUGCGUGGCUUUUCCGGCGGCCUCCCCUUCCCUGCAUGCCUGCCAGCUGUGCCCCGUCAACCAUAUGGCUGGCGGGCGUGCAGCUUGCCUCCCAAGCCUCCGUGGGAGGAGAGCGAUCCCCACAGAGGCUUGGGAAAAGGUCAACAGCUCUGGGAAAUGGAGGGGGGCAGCAUGCCGGAGGGAUCUUUGCACCACGGCGCCAGAUACACUUAAGACGGCCCUGUCAGAGCCCAUCUGUGCUCUCUUUUCUGAGCGGCUGGGCAAGACCUGCAGGCUCCUCUGGGUGCCUUUGCAAUAGAAUCCAGUCACUUGCUGGGGGCCCCUCCCCAGUGGGUGGUGGUGCUAUUAGAAGUGUGAGGGCUCAGAUGGAAGAAAGAAGUGGCAGGGUGAGAGUUGCAGGAGGAGGAAAAAGGAAGGGAGGGUGGAAGAAGGCAGAAGGGAAAGCAGGAACCAGAGGGAGGGAGGAAAGCAGGCAGAUGGACCAGUGGAGGAGGAGGUGGUGCAGAGCAGACCCAACUCCAGUGGCCAAGGAGGAAACAACUGGCAGAGUGCAAUAGGUGAUGAAAAGCAAAGUUUUUGAAUUUUGGGUCCAGGGUCUCUCCUGGCUUCAGAGGAACCAAUAUAUCUCCUCAAUAUAUCUCUUCAGAGGGGUGGCGCUGAUACAUCUCCUUGCCAAGGUCACAAAGGAGCCUAGGUACACCUCUGGUAGCAGUGUGCCUAAGCACAUGUGCAUCACCAGCCUGUCCUUCCUCAUCCCAGUCUUGGCAAACAGCAGCUUUGAGGAUGGUACAGUGGCAAUUCCCUCACAUGCCACAACUAGUUUAAAAAUGAUUUAGGCUGCAGUUAUAUGCACAUUUUCCUGGUAAUUAAUCUCAUGGAAGGCUUUCUUCUGAGUAGACAUUCAGAGGAUUGGGCUGUUAAUUUAAAAGGUCUCUAAAGUGAUAAAUAGUUCAUUUCAGUUCAUUAAUUACAUUAGCCAUUGGCUAGCCAUAUCAGAUUUUUUUAAAGAAAUGGUUUAAAUGGAUACAGAUUACACCCAAAGUCAUAGAGCAAAUGACAUUCUCAAAUGAAUCACUGUCUUGAAAACAGUAGCAAUAGAUUCCAAAUUAUUUCUGGGAAACAAUAUUUAGUGCCAUUAAUGGAUUUGCCAAUCUUAAUUGUGUAUUGGAAGUGAGCCUGUUUUAAGAUUUCUACAGUUUGGUUUGCAGUCAGUAGGCACUUUAGUUUGUCUGUUGAAUCAGCUACUUUAAAAAUGAACUUCAAUAGACGUUCAGUUUAUCCCAUGGAAAACAGGAUAGUUAAUGUGCAGAGUAGUAAUUUAGCUGUGAGGGAGCUAAUUGAAUACAUAUUAUGUUGAUUUGUUAUUGUUUUUAAAUUAACAUCUGUGAGAGCUGUCCUCAUUUGCUUGGCUUUGCCUACUAAAUUUAUUCUAUAAGCACUUUGGGCAUGGUGUUCCUUCCUUGUACUAAUUUCUAUUAGUGUUAUUUUGAAGCAGGAAUGAUAAAGGCUAAUCUUUUAAAGAUUUGUUGGUAUAAGAUUUGUUGGUAUAAUAAACAAUACCUCAUUUCAUCAAGUUUGGAUGAUUUUUAUGUUCUUCCUUCAGAGAGGCUUAUGAGGCCCCCAUUGCUGCACCAAGGAGGCUCAGUGCACAACAGAGCACCUAGCAGAACUAUGGCAAGGCACUCAUAAGCAUGGGCAUAGGGACUGGCAUGUACCUGUGAGCUCUAGAGUCUACUUCCAUAAAGAGAAGGCCAGCUCUGCAGCCUGUCCAGUGUAUGCAAAUCUAUGGACUAGAUUAUGUUCUUUCUUAGCUGCUAAGUUUGUAUCAAAAUUUACUUCUUUACUUGCAAGUAAAUGCCUCUGUGGUUUGGUCUUGGGUUGGAGCCAGAAUAGUCCUCUCUUGCACUGGGCACCCUAUACACCCUUUACAUAAAAGGCCUUCCUACAAAACGUUUUCAAAGACUGUUUAAAGUUUCAAAGAGGAGGAGGCUUAUUGCAUUUCCACUGGCAAGGAAUUCCAUAAUAAACAUAGAGGCUGCUGGAGGAAAUGCUCUGUUUCUUGUACUCGGCAGAUGAGGCUAAUUUAAUGGGAGAAAGGCUAAAAACCACAUGGAGAUUUGGACUCUUGGUCAGUUCUGAAACAUCCAAACUCUCUAAAACUAACAUCAAAACUAUAGAGUCAUCCUUUCUACUUUCUUAAUAUUUUCUAAAUGUUCAGCGCUCCUGCUUUUGUAUGAAAAGGUACAUAAGAAAUUUGUUAUCUUUCAAGUUGAUUAAAGUGUCCAAUGAGCAUUUAACCAUAAUUGAUCUGCUGUGGUUUCUUAAAUAAAUCUUAGAAAGUUAAGUAAAUAUAUGUGUGUAUAUUUUAUUUUAGCUGGAAUAUUUUAUGAUACAAAGCUUGAAUCAGAAAUCUUCUGAAAAAAUGAAGAAAAGGAAAAAAAGCCAUAAGUGCCAUGGAGUUAAGCCACCUCAACUUGAUCAGCCAGGUAUAAUUUCCAACAGAGCACAUCUAAGUGACAGGAGAUGGAGGGAGAAUUUAUCAAUUUUAAAGCCCUGCUGGCCUGUGGUGUGUGUGUGGGGGGGGUGUGUCUUCUUUUUAUGGUUCUUUUGAGUGUGUUUUUGACAAACCCUCCCAUUUCAAUGGAAGAGAAAUUAACACAGUAGCUCUAUACUUGUGUAGUUGAUGGGUCUGAUCCUAGGAUCACUCAGGGGGAUGGAGGGCUCUGGUAGACAAUAGGCUGCCCUAUCCCUGGAAUGCCCUGUUUUGGGACUAACUCCUGGCAGGCUUGCUGUAGCAGAGGGGCUUCAGGGCCUACGGGAAAGUAUGAGCUACAACAAAUAAUUAUAGUACUGGUGCCAGUAUCUGAAUAGAAGCCAGCUGCAAGUUCUCUGGCACCUAACAGCUUUUGUUAUUCAUGCUCCACUGGUAUUAUUUUCCACCCCACCCCACAUCCUCUGCUGGCCAGAUGGCAAAAGGGCCCUGGCCCAUAAUGAGGAAUCAGGUGAGUUUCUUGAACUCUGAUUACAUUAAGUGCAUGGCUGCUGUCAAAAAUGCUGUGUAGCUCCUCAGACUCCUCUGGCAUCUAGUACAAUUUACCCUGACAUCAGAAUGUUCUGCAUUUUUUUCACUAUUACAAGCAGUUGCUGGUGAUGUUCAGUAUAAAACAUAGUUUGGCCUUUGUGAGUAUGCAGCCUUUUAUCCUCACAGUCCUCUGGCUAUAUUGUUUAAAACAACUGAAGUUCAAGCAAUUCUCCAAUGAUUAAUUUCAGAAACAUCUAAUUUUUUAGUAAAUGUUUUUACAGUUUGUAUUAACCUGAGAAGUUAGAGAAAUUGGGCUUCCUUUGAUGGCCAAAGUGUAGUAAAGAGAAAUGUAUUUAGGGCAGUUAGGAAAACGCUGUUAUGUCCUCAUUUAAUCCAGUCCCAGGGAAUAAAAAUGCUUUUGUUUGCAUUGUGCCUAGUGCAAAUUUGGAGUUACAAACAGUUUAUUCAUGAUUUCUAUUUUUUUUUUUUGGUUUUGUUUUAGAAAAAAUGCCAAUCUUAAAAGGUGAAGCCUCGCAUUAUGACUCCGAUUUACAUAACCUGCUGUUCUGUUGCCAGUGUGCAGAUGUGGUAUUUUAUUCUGAAGACUUGAAGGAAGUAGCAGAAGCUCACAGGAUUGUUCUGUGCUCUGUUAGCCAUGUGUUCAUGUUACUCUUUAAUGUGAAGAGUCCAGCAGACAUUCAGGAUUCCUCCAUCAUUCGAACUGCCCAGACCCUCUUUGCAGCAAACCGGCAAGCUGUGCUUCCUGUUUUAAACCACAACUCAUCAUGCAACUCACCAGUAAGAGUCAUUGUUAAAGACUCUUUCUUCUGUUCUUGUUUGUCAGACAUUCUGCACUUCAUUUACUCAGGUAUCCUGUCAGAAUGGUUCUGGCUGUUUUUUGUCUUUUAGCAAGAAAGAGCUAACCUACUGCAAUGGGGCUGCAUACCAUCUCGCUAGAGGCCUAGUUCUCGUUGUUGUAAUAAAUCUGCACCUGAACUUAACCACUUCAGACUUGAAGUAGAUGCAUACAGAUUACUAGCAUGUCAGGGAGUAGACUAUCUGAAAACUUUUCUUCCAAAUGUCUGGUGUUGUUUAUGUAGGAAUUUAUUUAUUUUUUAAAAAAAGAAGGAGAUUUCAGUGGGAAGUGUAAAAUUGUGCAAACAAAAGUUCUGGCAACUUUAAGUUGGUUGGGCACCAGACUAUCCCGUUCUCGUCAUCUUUGUUGUUUUCUGAUUAUUACAUAUUUUAAGAACCUUUGCUGAAUAGUGGUGAUGGAGGAAAAGUGAUAUUGAUGACCACACUUGGAGAUGAUAGACUUUGGCACUUGGUUACUCUACUAAGGAGGUGCAAUAAAGCAAUCCACCAAGCUAUUGCAGUCAAGAGCCUUUGAAGAAGGAAACAAACAAACAAAAUGGAAAUAGUGCAGUGGCACUCUUUGGUGGAUUGUACACCAAUUUUACUGCCCUAAGAUUCCUUAAACCUGUGUGCUCCUGUCUACACAUGGAGUUCUUGCUCUUGAAAGGACUGUUCCUUUCAGUGUGUUUGAGGACAACUCCAGUCACAUUCUUAUUGGGUUUAUUGCACUAGGUGGGGAUGCCAUAUUCUCCAGGAAAUCUGUUUAUGCAUCAAAACACAUGCAGAACUCUGAAUCUAGGCAUCAUGUCUAAACGUGUAUUUUCUUCCAAGUCUGAUGCUGAAAUGUUGUUGUUGUGUAUGUGUGCAUUGAGGGAUGCAACUUCACAACCUUUGCAAGGCCAGUUGUUCAAGGGCAAACAGAUUCCUCCUCUCCAGUUCUAAUUAUUUCUUUAUUUAAAAGUCAGGAACUGGGGAGGUAGUUUUGUCACUUCUCGUCAUUCACACCAUAGGGAUGUCUUAUUAGUGCCAAUGACACCCACAUUACUAACAUCAAGCACAAUAACAGUGACUUUGCUAUUCGGGCAUGUGGAGAGGCGAGAUUUUCCUUUUCCCAGGUACCAAAUAUAGUUAAUUCAGUGAUAUAAAAAUGCAGUGUCCCUGCGGCAGAAUUGCCACCCCCUGAGAAGAUGCUUGGGUUGUGUUCAGCACAUAUUGGUAAUAACUGCAUUUCUGGAACUAAAAAACUGAUAGCCUGAGAGGAGCCAUAGCCUAGACGUAUUGUUUAUCUCAUCUCCACAGGUGCUUUCCAAUGGGAACUAUUAGAAGAACAUAUCAAAAAGAAGCUGAAGGAUCUUGGGAACGUUGAGCUUGUUCUUGAGAGAGUAAAAUGUAUCUUGAAAAUUCCAGGAAAGGUAAGCCACAUUAUUUUAUCUUUCAGUUGCACUUACUGGAUUGCAAAAAGGACCAGAUUGGAUCCCCCAGAUACAAUAUUUAUCAGUAAAUGGUGUUAAGUCCAAAUGACUCACCAUUAAGUUCAGUAUUAGUUAGGCUAUAGAAAUAGGGGAAGAUGGUGAAUUCAGCAACUGGAAAGAUUAUAAACUUUUUGAAUAUGUGGGUUUAAUAACUCAGGGGAGAUGAUGACAGAGUAUUCAAAAACAAUCCUUAUUAAACAAUUAUUUCUUUAUUAAUAUUCUUCCUAACAAUGAAAGAGUUUAAAAUGCAGCUAUGGGAAGCUUAAAUGCUAAGUGUCAGGUUUCAAAGGGGAAAAUAUUUGGUUCAUAUAAGGGAGCAUUACUUUAUUUUGUUUAUGAAUGUUGAUGCAGAAGCAGCCCUGCUGUCUCACUAGGUGAAGCAGCUGUCUCAGGCUGCCAGCUUUUGGAUACCUUUAAGAGAGACACACUCAUCUGACCCAAGGCUGGGACGCAAUGUGCAUGGGUGGUCUUUUGCACAACAAGAUAGGUGCAGGAUAACUUUGUGAUGGAUUGUGCCCCCUGGUCAGAAACAAAGUGUCGUGUUCAGGAUUCAAUGUAUGCGUAGGAGAAUGUUACAUUUCUUUUUACAACCUCCCCCUUGAUCUUCCCAGUGUUAGGUGUCUAGCUAGAGGAACAUCCCAAAUGGUGAGGGUCUAGGGUCUGCUACUGGAGGGGAAAUAUUGAUUACUACCCUGUGUAAGAAUUAUGGUCUGUGGGACGCUAUAUGCAUCCCCGGGGGGUGGGGUGGGGGAGCUUACAAUGGCAGUCUACAUAUUUAGAGUAAGAACCAUUGUGAGAUCCCUAUUUAUGCUAGAAGAAAUGCAAAUGGAGGAAGAGCUUUUGAAAGUGUGCAACAGAUGUUGCUGAUCAGUUGUGAAUGAAGUGAAAAAAACAGGCUCAGUGGUUUUAUAUCGUUUGCUACAAAAGCAGGAACAAAGGUAGGCACUUAAGAAGCAUUGGUACUCACAUGUUCCCCUGUCUUUUCCUUUUUCAGGUUAACAGCUCAAGAAAUUGCAGAUCAUAUUUGUCAAAAAGGCCCCUGCAGUUAUGUAACAGCUCUCUCAGGCUCUUCUUUAACACAACUGUAUUAGCGGAUGUCAUGUUCAAAAUACAAGGUAUUAAGCUUAUCUCAUUUGUUUCCCCACCUUUUCCCUUUAAAUAGUCAAACAAUGAUAAAAUACCUCCUGGUGAUAAAUUGAAUAACUAUUUCAAUAAAAAUGAGUGGCACCAUCAAUAUGCUUUCAUGAUCUAUAAUAUGAGGGGGAAUUCAAUAUGCAAGAGCCUAUCAUAAGAAGAGCCUGCUGGAUCAGGCCAAUGGCCCAUCUAGUCCAGCAUCCUGUUCCCACAAUGACCAACUAGAUGCCUGUGAAAAACUUGCAAGCGGGAUUCGAGCACAAGAGCACUCUUCCCUCCUGUGGUUUCCAGCAAUAUUUAUUAUCGUGUUGCGAAAAUGUUUCAAAGACGAAUGUAUGAUAGGAGAGGGGGGAAUCUCAUUUGAUAUUUGAUUAUAUUGCAAAAUCCCAAUUACAGCAGUGCCUUUAGUUGGCUGUCUAAAAUAAUCACAAAAUAGUUUCAAAGCUUCCAGGUCUCCCAGAACUUUUAAGCAGGCUAGAUGGUAAAAACAGAGAAGUGGAUUACAUUUUUUAAAGCUGAUUUUAAAGUCAUGGAGCCUGUACCGUUGAACCACGGUUGUCAAAUGUAAUCCGUUCUGGAAGACUUCCGAAACAUUCGACAACCAAGGUGCAAUUGCCAGUUGGCAAAACCCAUUGAAAAAUGGAGAAAUGCACCUUGGAAGCCAUUCGACUUCUGAGGCGCGUUCGAAAACGGAAGUAUUCACUACCGAGUUGUCAGAGUUAGAAAACCAAAACUUUCUACUUCCGAAGCUUUUGACAACCGAGGUUCUGCUAUAUCUGAUCAAAGUCUCAAAACAAUGGGGAAGGAGGUAGUAUGAGAAUGGUUAGGGGCCAGCUGGGAAAAAGAAUCAUAAAUGUGGCUGAUUCCUGAUCUCUCAAAACUCAAGAAUUGUCUGUUAUACAGGUCUGUCUCCAACCUUAGGCAAAACACACAGGUUUCUUAGUAGGUGGAAACCACGACGCAGGCCUGUUAUAGCUUCUGGGCUUGACAAGGCAUCUGACCCUCACCUGAGCCUUCUCCAGCUGAGGAAUCACACACCUCCUCCCUGAGCUAGCGAGCCCCACCUGGACUGUGGGUCCUUGCCUGCCUUCCCUCAGAGCUGACAGCUGUAAGUUCUAGAAUCCUGAGAUCAGGGGUGGUACGUCCUAAUUUUGCCACUUAAGGCAAAACAAGAAGUGCCACACUGUUCUGCCACACCACCAGUGGGACACUCACUACCACUUAGCCACCUACUGGUGGCACUGCAGCUGUACCACCAGCUGUGUCACCGCUUGUGGAGAAGCAGUGGUGGCCUUGGUCCGUGAAAGAGCUUGCAAGAUCUCUCUCAGAUCUCAAGAGAUAUUUUGCACUCCUAGACAUCUUUCAAGACUUUGCUGAGAUCUCGCAAGAUCUCGCAGGAAAUCAGCACCUAUCCUGGCACCACUUCUCAGCCAGGACGCAGGCCUUAUAUUAGUGAAGGUGAGAGCCACAUAGCACCUAAAUAGCCUCAUGUUAAUGUCUGCUAGUGCCCCCCCCCAUUCCAUUGUAAGACUAUGUCCAGAUUCAAACUCCAUGUUUUCAACAGCAACCAAACAAUAAAAAAGAAAUCACCCACCUGUCCCCACAUUGCUCUGUUUACCAUCUAGCUUGAUGAACUGUUCUGUAAAACUCAAAAACUUGCAAUUCUAACUUGUCCUAUUUUGGUUGGCCUAUAUAUUGGCCUAAUUUUCUUAUAUGCCAACACAGCUGCCUUUACAGAUGAUACUGGCAUUUUUUCAUUUUUGCCUUGCCAGUCAUGGACCUUUAUUUGCUGUCCUGUGUACUAUUAACAGUGCGUAAUCUCAUUGACUUCAGUGGGAUUUAAGCAGGAUUUUGUACAGAAUUGCAAGCCUUAACUACUUCUAUGCCUAUACACAGACAGGAGUAGUGGCAAGAAUCAGAAGAAUCUUUAUUUGCAUCAGCCACUAGCCAUAGCAAUAAAAUAAAAUGUACUGAAGAAAGAGGUAAAAACUUAACUAUACCAAAUACAUUUUGGAGUUUUACAUCACUAAUCAAAUAAUAGAUCUUAUUCUAGUUGCCUCCGCUAAAAACCUUGCAGUUUUUGCUGCAAGUAGUGGCAAGUAUUUUUGAUCAACUUCAAACUUCUGCUUGCACAGGAUUAAAGAGUUGUUUAAUUAUUUUGCUUUCAGCUUUGAAAAGCCACAGCCAAGUCUGAAUCUCUAUGAACUAGGCACAUGCGUACAAGGGAAUUCUUUUCUAGAUGCCGCCUUCAGAGAAAACAAACAGUCCUUUGAAAGGAGAACAAAAUACAAAUGCACAGCUUGGUGAGACAGACAGCUCAGUUCUAAGGGCUACUCUUUGGACAAUUCUUGUAGGAAGUUGAGGGAACAAUAGGUUUCAUUGCUUGCCUCAAACAAAUGCCACAGAGGAAUAUAUUCAUAUUAACAAGAGUGCAACCAUAUAUUACAAACAGAACACAAUGAAAAUGAAUUUGUACUUUUUAAAGUGUUUUGUCUUUAGAGCUAAAAACACCUAAUUUAAGAAUGUACUGCACAAAAGAGUGCUGUUGUGUUUACCAGAUUGCAUCCAGAUUUUUGUCAGGACACACAGAUCAGUCCCUAAGACUUUUUAAUUCCAGUAAUAAUAGGAGUACCUCUGAGGAUGUGAAAAGUCCUAUUCCUUCCUUACUGAAGGAUCCCAGGCAUUAAACCAAUAGUUCCAAGUUAUAGAGCAUGGCACUAAGACAGUUUUGAUCCUGGAACAGUUAUUUUAAAAAAUGAGCCUCUGACUGUGCAUUUUAAAUACUUAAAUACUCAUAAGUUAGGCCUAGAGAUGAAUAAAAUUAUGGGUAAAUGCCUCACCAGUGCAUUAUUUCUCACAUACUGCUGCAGAUCAAUGUAUUAGAAAUGUGAAAUGCUGGAGCCAUUUAGAAGUCUUUCUAUUGCAGAGCAAAUGUCACUUUGCUUCUAUCAGUGCUUUUUUCAAAGAAUUAAGCCCUAUUCAGGCAUUUUAUUCAAAACUGAAUUGAUCAUGUGAGGAAAGAGUGGGGCUGCAGCAAACAAGAACAUAACUCUGCCCCUGAUACCAGUGCUGAGUAGCCCUGCUCUCAGGCACCUCUGUCUACAGGACACACAUUGGCUGGGUGGGAAUCUUUACUCAAAUAGCUGAGUGCACAAAGCCUUCUAUACUAUAUGGAACCCUGAAUAGUUAGGGUUGCAGAUGAUGUGGAAGCCUCUUGCAGACAUUUGCGUUAUAUGCAUGGAUGCCAUAUUUACAGAUUGGUGCAACAGAUCACAAAGUUUCAGUGGGCAGCAUUAAUAGAAAACACACACACACAGUCUUUUUCUUUGCUGGUGCAAUAAAUUACGGAAUUUGGGUUCAGGCCAGUGUGCCAUAUAAUUUUAAGCAUAUUUACUCAAAAGUAAAACCUACUGAAUUAAAUUGGACUGAUUCCCACAGUAAAUGUGUAGAGGAUUGUAAACUUAGGUGUACUGAAGGCAACCAGAGUAGAUCCAGAAACCAAAUAUUUCAUCCUAAAUGGACAAUGGGUUCAGAUCCCAUUAAGUGAAGGCAUCACUAUAAAUCCUGUCACUUCAUAUUGUUUUAUAUUGUAAAAUUUGUUAACCAUGGCAGAUUUUUCCUGAAACACCAGUGUUCAAUAUAAGAAAACAUCGCUCUUAAAUUAGGAAUGAGAAACUGUGGCCCUUUGUGUGUUAUUGUACUUGUAACUGCCAUCAACCCUGUAGUCCAAUAGCAUCUAGAGUGCCACAGUUUCCGCAUCCCUAACUUAGAUACAUUUCAGCACAAAAAUGUUGAAAUCAUUGCCUUGUUUUUCUUUCUCUCCCCCACCCCUCUUCUUGCAGGUGCUACAGUGCCUGCUCACAAAGCAGUCCUCGUGGCUCGCUGUGAGGUAAUGGCGGCUAUGUUCAACGGUAACUAUGCAGAAUCCAAUAGUUUUCUGGUUCCAGUUUAUGGCAUUUCCAAAGACACUUUCUUGUCCUUUCUAGAGUAUCUGUAUACGGAUUCCUGUUGUCCAGGUAAACAAAUAUUUAAGCUUUUUUUGUAUAUUCAUAUACUUCUGGUGCUCUGGUUGCUCCAUUGGUGAAGGAAGAGGGAACAGAAGUAGAUACCAUCUUAUCAUUUUUCUUCUACAGCUGAGCAAGGCUGCAAUCCUGUGCAGACUUCACUGGAAGUACUGUAUUUUUCCGUGUAUAAGACGCCCCCAUGUAUAAGAUGCCCCCUAUUUUGGGGGGCUCCAGAUUAAGAAAACACUCCUCAGCACUAUCUGUGUAUAAGACGAACCCCAAUUUUAAACCUAAUUUUUUGGUUAGAAGAACCUAGUCUUAUACACGGAAAAAUACAGUAAAUUCCAUUUAACACCAUGGAACUUACUUCCAAGUAUACUUGCAUAUACUCUGCACAGCUGUAAUCCUAAAUAUAGUUGUUACGAACUAAGUGGACUUGCUGCUGAGUACAUUUUGCAUAGUGUUGUAGCUUUUGAAUUUUCUGGUUCUUAACCUUGGAUUUUUUUAUAUUGGGUGAAAAUAUUUCUGGGCAUUCCUGGAUUACAUUUUAAAGGCUCAGUUCAGGCCAGCUUCAAUAUGAGUGACUCCUAGUGCUACUCAGUCACUGCUCUUUUGUUGGAAGCUACAGGCAGAAUCGUAAUUGACUUUUCACACUCCCAGGAGUAUGAUGGUUUUUCUAUUAUCACUCCAUGUUUUGUCCACAACAGUGUGGCAUAGUUGUUGUAUAUGGGGGACAGUUGAACCUUAGCAUACAUUUACUUUGUGGUGGGCACCUUUUUAUGAUCUUUCCUUUUUUUAUCAGUAUUUCAAUUAUUGGUAAAGUGUUUUUCUAGCCCAAGAGAGAGAAGGGUUUAACAUCAUUAUUACCAAAAUGUUAUAAUGUUAAUCUAUUAUGGUGCUGUAAUACUAUAAUACAAUAAUGUUAAAUAUGUUUUUAAGCUUUCUCCUCGUUUUAGCGACAUGGUUAAUGGUGGUGUGACCAGAAAGGGGUAGGGAUUGUUUAAAUCAUAAAAAAACACCAUAGACUUAUAGUACCGUGCCUCCCUUUCGUUUUAAAAAACAGUCGGAAAAGUGUUCUAGUGAUAAUUAAGAGGUUGAUUUUUUAAAAAGAAAUGGGCUGUAAAAUGGCACUCAUUGCAAAUUUUAUAAUAAAUGCCUGCUGAGCUGUGAUAGGUCCUCUUUCUUAGUAUGUCACUGUCCACAUUAAAAAAAAAAGCUUUAAAGAAGGCGGAAUGGUAAUGCAAAAGGCGUUUAUUUUCACCUGGAGAGAUUGUGCUGCUCUUCUGUUCCUCUGAAAAAAAAGACUUUCUGCGGUGUGAGAAAAGACAAAAGAACCACAGAGAAAUAUAAGAUAGCAAUAAUUGAAUGAUGUCAUCAUGUUGGAUGACUUGUAAAAAGCGAAUGAGUGUAAAAUCUAUACCCCCAAUACAAAUAGACAACCAAGUACACCGUUCAGAAUUUUUUUGGCUCAGAGCUAAUGAAAACAAAUAAGAAUAAAAGGCUGAAAAUAAAAAAAACUACAACAUAGAAUAUAGAUAGCUACACUUCAAAAUCUCCACAUUUCUCAAACCACUAAUAUCCAUGUGUCUCACUGUGAGAGGAAUACCCAACGCGCAAAUUUCUAUCCAGCAUUGUGCAAGUAGAAAUUUGUGGGUUGAUAAUUUAUAUCCAAUCAAUAUGUGACAUGCCACCCACACCUUUAUUUGUUACUCAGGGAAUUUCCUCUACCCACACUGCCCCAUUCCCAGCUGACUCAUUCCUCGCUUCAGAUCUCAUUAAAUAGUUGUUUACCAGACACACCCAGCUGUGUACUCGGUCUCCCUGACCCCAUUGUAAACAGACUGCAGACUAACAAAAUACUUCCCUUUUUGUUUCAGAAUCAACACUGAAAUUGAGUUUGUAUUAACUUCUAUAAAUUAACUUUUAUUAAUAAUAAUAAUGGUUAACAUACGUUCUCAUAAAAAAAAAACAACCCUCAAAAGAAAUGUUUCAGGUUGGUUUCUUGUUAAAUAGGGCAUGUUAAUGUGAAUAUUUUAUGGUAUGACCUUGAAAACUACUGGGUGUUGAUUUGAUAACUAUAUUGUAGAUUGCAGUGGCAAUCCCUAAAAUUAUAUUCCCCCAAAGGGAAAAGAAACAGCACUUUAAAAGAAAGAAAUCACAUCUCUCUCUUUUUAUUCAUUUCACCCUCUUUUCUUUAGUUUCUUUCUGCCAUUUGAGGAAGCAGGCACUCAAAUAUUCUGAAACUAUAGCUAUGCUGCUGUCAGUGUGUGUCAUGGGGUUUCCCAGUUGGCAGCUACAGGAAAAGAAAGGACCUUGUGUACUCAUUGGGGUGGCCCUAUCUGCAGCCAGCAACAGGAACUCCUUGAUUAUGCAGGACUCUGCAGCAUGGGUCAUACCUUGCACUUAGUAAAAUGAGUCUCCCAAGAGACAUAUUCACCACCCAGUUAAAUACAAAUAGUUGGAUUUAAGUUUAUUUAGUUCUAUAGAUGCCAGUGAGAUUAAAUCAUACUUCAGCUAAAGUAGAUUGUGGACAGAUCUCCUUUAGAACCACCCUUUAUCUCAAGAAGGAUGCUUUGUGAUUGGUAAAUGGAAGGGGACUCUUCUGAUAGCUCUUGGCAUAGCCAUUUUGGACUCAUAGCUAGUAAACUAGUCAAUUAUGUGUAGAGGAAGAGCGGCUUAAAAAUGACCACUGACCUGUUUGAAUCAGGGAGCAUAGAAGAGCACCAGUAACAGACAUGUAGGGGUUGCGUUCAAGUGGUCAGUAAUCUAACUCAGGUUUGAUAUUCUUACCAGCCAGCAUUCUGCAAGCUAUGUCGCUCUUGAUUUGUGCUGAGAUGUACCAGGUGUCAAGGCUCCAGCACAUCUGUGAGCUGUAUAUCAUCACACAGCUCCAGAGUAUGCCUAGUAGGGAAUUGGCAUCAACAAGCCUGAGUGUUGUCAGCUUGCUUCGGAAAGCAAAGGUAAGUGCUAAGCAUCAAAUACAUGCACAUUUCCUUCAAUCAAUGCUUGAGUAAGGAAAAGGUUUCUCUCUGGCAUUUUUUUCCCCCUUGCCAGCGAAAGCUGCGGUGUUCCAAAGUAUCAUUUUUUAUUUCAUGGUUGCCAUCUGGCAGUAAACAACAAUAACAGCAACAAAUUGCCACGGCUGCUCCUGUCCCUUUAGCAAUGGCUUGAAGAAAUUAGCAGAUUAGUCUUUUUCCAGAAUUGAGCUAAGCAUAGCAUCUGUUAAAUGGUCAGCUACAACAGUGAAGGAGGGACAUGGGUGGCGCUGUGGGUUAAACCACAGAGCCUAGGACUUGCCGAUCAGAAGGUCGGCGGUUCGAAUCCCCGCGACGGGGUGAGCUCCCGUUGCUCGGUCCCUGCUCCUGCCAACCUAGCAGUUUGAAAGCAUGUCAAAGUGCAAGUAGAUAAAUAGGUACCGCUCCGGCGGGAAGGUAAAUGGUGUUUCCGUGUGCUGCUCUGGUUCGCCAGAAGCGGCUUAGUCGUGCUGGCCACAUGAUUCGGAAGCUGUACACCGCCUCCUUCGGCCAAUAAAGCAAGAUGAGCGCUGCAACCCCACAGUUGGUCCCUUUACCUUUACCUUACAACAGUGAAAGAGCUAUCAGGAAAUGAUACCCACUUCAAAUAUUAAGACCAUAAAGUCGGGGUAGCUAACUUUUUAUCGCCUUCCAGCUGUUGCCGGACUAUCACUCCCGUUAUGCUGGACCAUUGCCCAUGCUGACUGGGGCCAGUGGAAGUUAGAAUGCACAACAUCAGGAGCACCACAGGUCCACCACUCUUGUCAUAAAGUGACCUAUCAAAAGCCUCCACCCACUACUAACUUGGCCUGUGAUGUUCUCUUCACAAGUCUAUGAGAAUUGUUACCGUUUCUUCUACCUCAGAAUUAUCGAAUGACUUGGUUUAUUCUAAAUCCUCUUGGUUUAUUUGUUUUUCUUCUUCUUGUUAGGAUAGGUUGUAAUUUCUGUAAAGUGCAGGAAGAAUGUAUAUAUAGGUUGUGGCCAGUGUUAGUUGUACUCAUAGUAGACUCAUUAUUACAAUUAGUAGAGACAACUAACUUGGGUCCAUUAACAGCACAGGGUUUACUUUGAGUAGGACAUAGUUGGAUACAGCUCAUUGCAACAGGCAAAAUGAAGCAUAUGCAUGUGUGCGUAUAAAAGGCGGACACUGGAGUAAUAAGCAGUUUCUAUUAGUGUCACAUAGAUGGGGUAACUGGGUGUUCCAGUCACAGCAAAGAGAUGACAUUUCUAGGUAAACGUCUACCCAUUUUAGUUAAUGCUUUUGCCAAAAUGUGUUUUUCUAUAAUAUUCGAGUACCUCUGUAUUUUAUUUCCAUUUCUUGCAGUUUCACAACUCUGAUUGCCUUUCAAACUGGCUGCUUCAUUUUAUUGCUUCUAACUACUUAAUCUUCAGUCAAAAACCUGAAUUUGAAGACCUUUCGGGUAAUUUACCAGUUUGCUUCCUAACCACAAAGAAGUUGAUGUUUGGACUAAUGCUAGGGUGGAUUGGAGCAACUCAGUCAUGCUUAGAAUAGUCACAUUGAUUUCAGAAGGUGUACUCUAAGCAUGAUGAGGUCUGGAUCCAGCUCAUUAUCAACAUGAGUGCACACUGUCACUGAUGUUAUUUUAGCAGUGAUAGGAUGAUAUCUUGCCCACCAACCUUUAAAUCACCUAGAAUCUGCCAUUCCAACUUUACUAUGGAAUUGAUGGAGCUUUGUCAGACAAACAGGUAGUUUCAUGAAUGCAUCAGGGGGACAACAUAUCUGUAAUUGUUGAUAUGCCACACUGUGGACAUGACACAAAAUUAUGAAGAGGAAUUAUGACGACUUAAUUCAAGAAAUUUACAGAUGUAAAGAAAAAUAGAGGUUGGUGCAUAACUUGUUCAUACAAACCUACCCCCCACUCACUUGUUACAUUAUCAAGGGUAAUACUGUAAACAUUUGUGGUUCCAGCUUCAUUUUACUCAAACAAGCAUCCCAAGAUGAGGGAAACGUAGCAAAGAAUUCUGAGAGUAGCAUUUGUGGGAGGAGAAAGCUGAGACUCAUAAAAAUUUCCCUUCCAGCAAGGAUCCAAUGAUAGGGGAAAAACCUUCAAGGAAUUCGUACAGCAGGGAAAGCCUGGAACAGCCUCCAAGAACUUUGAGUCUGGAGGAAAAUCAAUCUAUGCACUUCAUUAUCAGGUGCCAAGUUUUGCAUCCGGAGGAGAAGGAAGGAGGCCCAGGUCUAGAUGGAAGAUAGAAACCAAAUUUGGAAGAGGCCUGUGUUGUCCACUAUCUGCUUCCACACCCAAGCAAAGCAAAUUACAAUAGCUAGCUUUCGAAAUGCUUUACAGUCCAGCUCCUUAUACCACUUUAUUUUUCAUGAGAAACAAAAUUAUCUGGAACACCUAUGACACUCUUAUGUGAAAUCCAAAAGUUCUGUAAGUCAGUAUCUCAUACCAGGAAUAGCUGUAUGUGUAAAGACUUCCACAGCAUCUGGAACCCAGAUUACACAGGGUUCCAGUUUGUGUGCAGGCCUUUGCGCUUAUAGUAGUACCUGUGAAGACUGCAUCCCUGCAGAUGUUUUUGCAUUGUAUGUGCAGUCAUCAAUGGGCAGGAUUAGCGCGCAUGAUAUUGGGGGCAGGGCUAGUUGGCGCGACCCCAUUCAUGAGCUUGGAGAUCACAUAAGUAAAACUUCUGAGUAGGGAUUUGGUGGUCGAGGCACUGUAAAAUAUGAUCCUUUGGGUUCUAAAAGUUGUACAGAGUAGCACCUUUUGAAUGUACAUCCAUUUUCUCUGCAGCCUUAAAAAGAGCAAGAUUAUAUUGGGAUGUCAUAACUAGUAUUGUAUCUUGAGAAAGGAAGAAGGGCACUCUGAAGAAUAACAUGUAGUCAUGGCUAAAACAUUUUACCAAUGGGUAAAAGAAAGCUUCCCUCUAUAAGAGAGCUUUGGAAGCAAAAGCUAGGACAGCUUUAUGGAUUCUCUUGUCCUCUUUUUCUGCUGUGCCCUCAGAAGAUCCUGGGCAGGAUCUAUCAACUUUUAGCAAGGAUCUGUGAUACCCCACUGAUUGGCAGUGCCCCCUUCCCCUCAAAUUUUAUCAUUUCCCUGUAUUUCAGUUUAUCUUCUAUAGUAACAAAAUAUAUUGACAAUUCAUUUCUACCAAGUCCAUUAAACAUGGUGUUAGAUGAAAGUAGGUCACAUAUCAUUUUCAAAUCCGUAGUGUGUUAGAAUCUUUUUACCCUGUCUGUUUCCAACCCAAGUUGAGUGCAGAACAUAUGAAACUGCAAUUCAGAUCUGGUACAAGGUAGAACUUUACAGAUUUUUAGCUUAGAGAGGAAAAGCUUAUGACGUUGUUUAGAAAUACCACGCUGGACAGAGCAAUCUUUUAACCUGAUAAAUACAUUUCCCUUUUUUUCAUUUUAGUGGAAGAACGCAAUUUUGUCGAGAUGCAUAGAUGGCCUUCUAGUAUGUACCUGAAACAGCUUGCAGAGUACAGGAACUACAUUCAUUCUCGAAAAUGCCAUUGCGUAGUAAUGUAAACUGAAAGCUGAUCCAUCCUUAGUUAUGAAGAGAAGAAAAUCAAUUGCUUCAGGAAUCUUCACAAGACUGAAAGCAAAUGCUGAGCUUACAUGCUGUGAAACUAUGAUCUAAUACUGCACUUGCUAAUGAAUAACUACUGUAUUUUUUUAAAAGCAUGUGAAACAAAAUUUAGAAAAGCAUAAGCAUUUAACCAGGAUGUUUCCCAAUUCUGCUGCUGGGUCUAAUUUCCUUGUAUAGAGACAUCAAUUUAUGUCAUAUUAUUUCAGGUUUUUAGUGGAGUUUAGACUUAUUUAGAGCCUGGAAAUCAUGUCAGCCCAUGAUUGGGAUUUUAAGAGUCUGAAGGAGAUUCCAAAUUCAUUAAAUGUUUGUAGGUUCUCUUUGUCUGGAAACUGUAGAACCUAAUUUUGUUUGCUAGUUACUCUGUUAAGGAUUUCUGUAAUUUAUUUUUGGGCCUUUUAAGAAUUUUGUAAAAACAUAGAGUUUUAUGUUUCUGCACUGGUAAUUAGAAAAAAUGUACUUCCUAUUAGCAUCAUUAAAUUCCUAUGUUAUGGUGUAAAAUACAUCACUACCUUUCUAGAAAAUAUUGAUUUAUGUUUUCCCCUCACUAAUAUAUCUAAAACAGUGCCAUUUAUUUGCUGGUCAUUAUCCUGCAAUGCAAAAGAAAUGAUCAAGUAAUAAGCAUUCUUCCACAUUGUUUCUGGUGUGUGUAUAUAUCCUCUACAAAUGUGUUUCCAUGUGGAGAAAAACCAAAACAUUGUCGCAACCAUGUAACGCUACUGCAUUUUUGCCAGCUCUUCCUGAGUAGAUGACAAAUUCAGUCCACAUGAACUUCUCCAGGAAAAUUCUCCCUAAAGGGGGCAUGUGACAGAAAGGCUUUUCCAAAGUACAUUGCAUUCGGAGCUUAGCCAAGGGCAUGAAAAUGCAAGGGUUGGAAAUCUGCAAGGUGACACUCCGCAGCCAGGUGUAGUCUUUGAAAACCCUGACCAGGGCUUGUUGCUUAUACUUUGAUGUCCCAGAGGCUGCCAGAGAGAAGAAAGGAGCCAGCUGGACAGAUCGGCUUUGGCCACUUUGGAGCUAGACAUUGCAGAUUCCAGGGGAUCCAGGCAUGCUAUUGCGUUCAGACUGCCACCCCAGUCUCCCAGUCACCAAAGUUUAAUUCACAAGCCCUGGCUUUUCCUUUUUACACAUCUCCAGACGUAUGAUGUCCCAGCAAGAUUCUCCUGUCCUGCAUGUAGUCACCCCGCAUCCAGUCUGCAUGCCUGGACUGGCCAGGAUCCAGAGGGCUGCAUGCCCUACUGGAAAGCAGGAGCUGCCUCCCAUUGGUUUUCAGUGGCAUGUCCCUGCUGAGACUAUUGUCUGCUUUUGAGUGCAUAUGAGGCUAUAUAUAUACCUGUAUUUCCUCACCUAUCCUCAACACCUGUGUGCACAUCCAGAGGCUGCCACAUUGUACCUUCCACAUGCGCAAACAUGUUGUAGGUGUAGGAUCCUUUUGAUGUCACCACAGAUGAGAUUUACACCAAGCGUUCCUCCCUUACAGCCCACAUGCAUUUCAGUGGCCCUUGUAAAUAGUGUUUUCUAUUAGGUUUUUAACCUUUUUUAAAAAAUUGAAGCAUUUGUGGAUCUCUUACUAGAAACUAAUAUCCAGCAGUGUGGUUUUUAUGGAGACCAAUUAAAAAACACACAUACACUUGUUGCAUUUUGCAAUACAUUUUCCGCAGGUCAGCAGGGCAAGCAUGACAGUUUCCCUUCUAAAUGUCUAAUGAUUUGCUAAGUAUGCAAGCACACAAAAUAGGUUGUAAUUCCUUACUUGCACUCUGUACUUGCAUGCAUUAGAUACAACAUUGCAUACUACAAACAAGCACAGCAACUCAAACGGAUUUGAUAAUUUGUUGCGGUGAUGUUGACAAGUAACCUUGGGAAUAAUGGGAGGAAUUCAUUUUUGUGCUAAGGCAAUAGUUUUGUCAUUUUGGCUUGCCAGACAAAAUGGUACCCCCCUCCUUUCCCUGUGUGCUACUCCAGGGGUUCUCACAAGUAAAUUUGGGGGGCAUGGAGUGGGAGGGAGGAAAAGAGGAAAAGCCCCAUUGUGCAAGGCUUUUGUGUAGGACUUCCACUAAUGUGACUCAGUAAUUGAAUUCUGCCUGGGCUUGAACAUGUUUAAAAUUAGGAUUUAUUGUAAACAAUUUCUUCACCUGAAAGAGGAUAGCCACACAUAGGAGUUUGCUAUAGAUGUGCAUUCUGCAAUCAAAAAUUUUACACCCCUAAGGCCCAAUUCUGGCCUGCUAUGGUGCAACGCUGUAUACAGCAGUAAUUGGAUAGAACUGUGUGAGAGAAAAAACAGAGCACUAGUAUUACUGUAAUAUGGCAAGUAUAGCAAUUUAAGAAGCUUCCUGGAACUGAGGGGAACUAGUUAGGUUUUUUAGGAUUAGAAACCACAUAUGGUGCACCUGUUUGUCUUCCUCGAUGCUCAUGCAGAUGGUGUACGGCCCUAGCUGGAUUAGGAAGAAUGCAUAGUUGAAUCAGUUUAGAAUUAGUAUGAACAUGUAUGAAUUAGUUUAGCUUGAAAAUUAGCAAGCCAUGAUUUGGUUUUAAUAUAUAAAUAAAUCGAGAAACUCCUGGGUAGCUUGAUCUGCUGAAUGAACCACAAAAAGGCAGAAAAGCUUCCAGAUUCCCUUACAGGCACAUGCAUUGCACCAUAAUCCCUGCUCCGAUAGUCAAAUCCUGCCCUCCCAUCUGCAAACACAUGAUAGCAACUUGUAACUUUUCUGAAGUUUCCUACACUGGUUUCAUGGGGGAAAUGAUGUAAGUCUAUUUUAGAAGACAACUAGUAGAUUUCACAUUUCUAAUUAUACAAUUAUUAAUUAAUAAGCAGGUAUUGUAAGUAGCAUUCAAGAGAGUUUACACUGAAGGGAUUACUUCGAUGUCUAUUUUUAUUUAAAUAAUAAUAAUUUCUGAUAACAGACUGUUAUAAUUUCUUAAAGUGAAAUUAUGAACAUGGGCUAAUGUCAAGCCAGCAUGGAGAUGUAUAGAGAGCCAACCUUAAGAUACAAGAAUCUUUGUUGUAGUCUUGUCACAUGGAUGAGAGUGUUUGUAGCUCAAAGAAACACUUAUUUUAUUAUGGCAUGUGUUGGAUAUGUAAUAAUAAUUUCACACGUUAGCUGGUGCUUAAAAUUUACAAGAUUUUAAAUUUAAUAUUUAACUCAAUAAAAUGUUUCUACUAAGUGUUCAUCUCAUGUGCUUAUUUAUCCAUUAAAUAGCUAUAGUUCAAACUAUACUCAGUGUGUAUUUGAUCAUCUUUAGAAAUGAAAAAAAAAUCAGUUUCAUGCUAGAUGAAGUCUAACAUAUUCCACAGUAAAUUUGUAUUAUAUUGAUACUUCAUUGUGCCGCAUACUAGGAGUGUGCACUGGAUUAAAACAAAACUUCCAAGACAAUGCACUUGCCUCAGAAGGAUUAAGGUCUUAACCAAAGCAAAAUGGAUAGCCUCACCUGCUGUACUUGCUCUAGUAACCUCCAGAUUGGAUUACUGCAAUGUGCUUUACAUGGGGCUGCCCUUGAAGACAUUUCAGAAACUUCCAGGGUCCAAAAUGCAGCAGCCUGAUGACUAUCUGGGAUUCCAUUUAGAAUUCAUAUAACCCUUAUUUUAAAAUGACCGCACUGGUCGCCAGUUUGUUUCUGGGCCUAAUUCACACACUCACAUUGGUGUUUAAAGUCAUAAAUGACCCAAAUAUCUGAAAGACCGCCUCCGUUCCUACAGAUCCUCUCGGGUGUUAAGAUUGGCAGUUUCACCAACCUCAGAAGUAGAGACAAUGCCAAUGCAGGAGAGGGCCUUCUCAGUGGCAGCCCCUAAGUUGCAGAACUUGCUCCCUGCAGAGGUGCACUGAACACCAUAAUUAUUCAGUUUUCACUGUGCUAAAGACAUACCUAUACAUUUGACAGUUUAAAGUAUUUUUGUGGGACCAAUCAUGUAUACUUGCUGCAUCAAGAAUUGUUUUACUUCCCAUUUUUUAUAAUUUACAAACUGUUUCAUGGUUUUCAACUGUUUCAAAUGUUGUAACCUGCCUUGGGACCUUAUGGUUUGUAGGUAGGUUCUUUCUAUGAUUUUCAUCACAAGAAUGACUUGCAACAUAACACAGCAAUCAGCCUUCAAAGUCCUGUUUUAGUUCUCCAGAUGGAAAUGGCCCAAGAUGAAACGAAACAGCCUUGUUCAUACUAAAGGCUAUUAUACAACCAUUAUGUUAUGUACUAACAUAUAAGAGCUUCAAUUAUGUUAAAACACAUAUAAUUGUACCUGAAGACAGCAACUUCAAAAAAAAUAAUCUGCAAUUGCACAGCUUAGCAGCGUUCGCAGAAUAAUGGCCUCUCCCUUUGACAACAAAGCACAAACUUCAAUGGCAUUCAUGGGUGGAAAAAUUAAGUCACCUUGCAUUUUGUACGGCUGACAAGAAAAUAGAUUUCCACCAAGGUGUGUCACACUUUCAUCAGAGGCACCUGAAAUUUGCUAGCGCUUUCCAAUAACUUAACAAUGCAUGACUCAAAGGUAUACAUGCGCAAGAGCCCAGUGCUUCUGUGAGGUCCCAGUGUAGGCUUAUAUUUGGGAAAGCAUGUGUAGAGCAUUCCAGAGCUAGACUUUGGUGGCAGUGUAUGCUCCUCAGGAUCCAUGCACAUGCCCCAAGGGAUGGAUCCUGUGUCUUCCCACUCAGUUCUUUGUCAGUUACAACAAUAGCAUCAAAAGGCAUCUCAGGUGAAGGGCUGUGGAAUGUUCUAGGCUCAAUCUGUGGCAUCUCUGGGUAGGUUGAUGAAGGGUUGGCUAAGACACAGUGACUGGCCCAAGCUCAGUCUGUGAGCUCAGUGGGGACUGGAAUCCAAGUCUCCCCUGUACCAAUUUGUACUCUCAAAUUACCAUAGCAGAAGUAAAGGUAAGAUAAAUGCCCCCUGGACGGUUAAGUCCAGUCAAAGGUGACUAUGGGGUGUGGCGUUCAUCUCGCUUCAGGCUGAGGGAGCCGGCGUUUGUCCGCAGACAGCUUUCCGGGACAUGUGGCCAGCAUGACCAAACUGCUUCUGGUGGAAUGGGACACUGUCAGAAACCAGAGCACACAGAAACACUCUUUACCUUCCCACCACAGCUGUACCUAUUUAUCUACUUGUGCUGGCUUGCUUUCAAACUGCUAGGUUGGAAGAAGCUGGGACAGAGCAACAGGAGCUCACCCCAUCACGUGGAUUUGAACCACCAACCUUCUGAUUGGCAAUCCCAAGAGGUUCAGUGAUUUAGACCACAGUGCCACCCGUUCUGUAGGAAAAUUAGCUGUGUGGGGAAUUAGUGGCAUAUCAGUUUGAGGGUGCUGUUGUUCUCAAAUACAGGGAAAUAUUCUGACAUCGAACUCAUCACCUUGCUGGACAGUGCUACCCCUGUACAAAGCAUAGGAGGCAACAAGUUGACUGAUCACAGCCCUUAAAAGCACAGGAUUUAAGUUCCUUCUCUGCUGUUGCAUUCCUGGGUGGCAUGGAGUUAAGUGACUGCAUCCUCUAAAUUCCACCAGCGUAUUGUAUACAGAGACGAAACUUUCCCCCCAGAAAGAAAUUGUGAAGGUCAAGAGAACAGCUGCUAAGUGCUUUGCCAUUAAGUACUACUAAAUCUAAACAUUAACUUUUGUGGGCAGGCAUUGUACAGAUCCCCUGCCCAGAGGCCUAACAAUCUAGGGCUCACUAGAAGGAAGAAUGGAGAGUCGUAAAAAUUGAAAUAUGCUGACUAAUGCCCCACAAUGCCCAAAUGCACAGGAGACAAGAG